CUUUUAAACGAUCUAAGGAGUAAGCCUACCAAACUUAUCCACCAAAGCGAUCAGAUGACUCACAAAAACAAACAUUCAACGAUUUAUCUUAUUUGGAGCUCCCUCAGUUGCUCACUUAACAUUAAAAAUAUUUUUUUAAUGUUAAGAACUCAAUUGUUAUAUAAGAAACUGAUCGUACAGUUGACAAUAAUGUCAACAAAUUUCAAUGAUAUUAUAAGACAUAAAACUGAUAAAAGUGAUUUUAUUAAUUAGAAGAAUGAGAGUUAUAGACGACUUCAAGCCUGGGUUUACUUGCACUUGCAGUACGCCAAUGUUAGUCAACAGGAGCUCAACCGUAAACUAAUUAACUGUUGACCUCAAAUAUAUUUUAGGCUGUUAAAUCUUCCACGUCACUCUUAUACAUCUCACUCACAGUGAUCAAUUUCAAUUUGAAUUGGGAAUUGGAAACCCCCUCGUCUCUUCCAACCUUUGAAUUCUAUUUUGUUUUCUUCCGGGAGUGACAACAAGUCUUUCGGAGAAAGUGAGGCGUAGUUUCAACGAUGGACCCGCGAAAACACAGACAUUAAUUGAUAGUACGUACAAAGCAAACAUGUGGGCAUGAUCAUUAUUUGCUAAGAACUUAGAAUAGAAUGGCUUGUAAGCUGUAAAACUCCAGGAGCUAGCAUGAUGUUUGAGUUUGAGAUGAGGGGAAUGCGUGUGUUCCAUAUUCUUACGUCCGUUCUCACCAUUUGUUGCUUCUUCUUAAUCACUUUGCCACAGUCCCGCUGUCAAACCCAUGAUGCCGUUUGUAAUGAGCAGCCAUACAAGUGCGGAACUUUGUCCAACAUCUCUUAUCCUUUCUGGGGACAGAACCGAUCGCGUCAAUGUGGCUUCAGUGACCAAUUCGAGCUCACAUGCCACGAUGAUGAUACUACAACAUCAAUUCGAAUUGGGUCACAGAAUUUCACAGUGAAGGAACUCAACACCAGCGCUGAAACCAUGAGAUUGGUGCGAAAGGACCUUGCCGAUGAUGUUUGUUCUCCGCAAUUUGGGGACACAUAUGAUGUGAACUCCUCCACUGUGUUCAGGUAUUCCUCUUCAGUGUACAACAUGACCAUAUUCUACAACUGCUCCUCCUCCGUAGAUACCCCUACAGGUUUUGGAAACUUGACGUGCGGAGACGAAAAGGGUCUCUUUUCUAACGGUGCACAAGACGAGGUUUUGAAAAGAUUCGCAUGGCUUGAGAGGUGCGGGAGACAUGUCCGUGUGCCGAUAGACGCUCCUUAUGAUGAUAAGGGUGGACGUCAAUUUCUCCAGCAAGCGUUCGGUAGUGGCUUUCCGGUCAACUAUACACUCCAUACUUCUUUAACAAGUGCUGGAGUGCCUCCGUCGCAAAUAAUCUUGUUAGUUUUUGGUGCAGUAUUGGGAGGAUUGAUGACAUGCAUCGUAAUUUACUGUUGUAGUUGUAAAUGUAUGUCAUCUACACUAAAAUUUUGGUCGAGCAGAAAGAAUGACCGAGAAAUUGAAGCAUUCUUAAAAAAUUAUGGAGCUCUAGCACAUCAGAGAUAUAAAUUUUCAGAAAUCAAGAAAAUGACCAACUCCUUUAAAGAUAAACUAGGCGAAGGAGGUUUUGGUGCUGUUUACAAAGGAGAGUUACUUAGUGGUUGUCCUGUGGCUGUAAAGAUAUUGAAUGCAUCCAAAGGAAAUGGUGAAGACUUUAUCAACGAGGUGGCUAGCAUUAGUAGAACUUCACAUAUUAAUGUUGUCACUCUUCUUGGAUUCUGUUGCGAAGGACACAAGAAAGCUCUCAUUUAUGAAUUUAUGCAUAAUGGUUCACUUGAGAAGUUUAUUUACAAUAAGGGACUCGAAGCCACUCCAUCAUUGAGUUGGGAUAAUUUGUGGGAAAUUGCCUUAGGGAUAGCUCGAGGAUUAGAGUAUUUGCAUAGGGGAUGCAACACUCGAAUUUUACAUUUUGACAUAAAACCACACAACAUUCUUUUGGACGAGGAUUUUUGUCCCAAAAUAUCUGAUUUUGGGCUUGCAAAGCUUUGUUCAAGGAAAGAGAGCAUUGUUUCCAUGCCAGAUGCUAGAGGAACAAUAGGCUAUGUAGCUCCAGAAGUAUGGAAUAGAAAUUUUGGUGGAGUUUCACACAAAUCUGAUGUUUACAGCUAUGGGAUGAUGCUGUUAGAAAUGGUGGGCGGAAGAAAGAAUAUUAAUGCGGAAGCCAAUCACACAAGUGAGAUAUAUUUUCCACAUUGGGUAUAUAGCAGACUAGAACAGGGUGGAGAUUUAAGGCCUGAUAAAGUGAUAGCCACAGAAGAAAAUGAGAUAGCAAGAAGAAUGACUAUAGUAGGUUUAUGGUGCGUUCAAACGUUUCCAAGAGAUAGACCUACUAUAAGUAGAGUAAUAGAUAUGCUAGAAGACAACAUGAAUUCCCUUGAAAUGCCCCCAAAACCUGUUCUUUCUUCACCCACUAGAUCGGUGCCAGAAUCUACCACCAGUUCUUUGCAAUUUGAGUAGAUCUUGCAAGUUAUAUUGUAUAACAGAUCACACGACAAGUCCGCAUAAACAUAAUCAUCCUGUACUUCAAAUUGAUUAUGAAACAAAGUGGAUUCAUAGGUGUGCCAACAGAUUGAAUGCAAAUGCUAUUGACCAAAGUGUGCAAUGCUAUUUGUAUUGCUCAGUAAGAGUCAGGGUCAAAUAUAAUUGUUGCUAUAGAUGAGAUCAAAGUGGUUGACUCUGAUGAAAUCAGUUAUAAAGGAUGGACAAAUGGCAAAUAUGUCUCCUUCUCUCUUAUUAAAGUUCUUUUCUUUCUCUUAUAAUAAAUGUAUUUUUGGUUGGUUUUUGAGUUCAUUUCUUUCACGAUGGAUGCUUGACUUUUAUUUGUCUUUAUCCUAUCUAUCGGUUCAACACUUCUGGUCAAUAGUAUUUUCUAAUCUGAACUUUUCUCCUUUUGUGACCGAGACUUACUGCAUUAAUCCAUUUAAAUCUCAAUACCAAUAUGCAUUCUAAUGGCUA